UUUGCCUUCCCUCUCCACAACACCAGUACCACCACAGUAGAUAAGCACAGGCAGCAUGCCUUGGCUUUUGCCUCGCCGAGCACAGACGAGCCAUGACCAGAUGCAAGUGGGAGACAGCACAAAUUGUGUGAUCCCAAAGGCUGCAGUGCCCCACCCCUCACUCCUCUCUUCUAUCUGUGUCCAAUUUUGCAGCCUCUUGGAGGGGAGAGAGCGCGGUUGAAUUGAGAAGACCUUUGAUUCCAUUUGCAUGUAUGCAGCAGCAGGAUUCCUUGCAGCUAGGCCCCCCACACUGGAGAUCUUCCCUUCAUGGCCAAUGAGUCAUCUACAGCAGCCAUACAGUGGUAACUCGCUCUCAGUAGGGAGCACCACUGACUCGAGCUCAGAUCAGAACACUAUGCCGCAGGCCGAGUUGGUCUCCUCAGGGAGCAUAAGGGCUGACUAUGGGCAGAAGGAACCGAGCCAACAGGAUGUUUUAAUGGUCACUGUUGAUGACUACAACUACGAGCAGGGACUAGGAACUGCUGCAACCACUGCUCCAAUCUUUCAGCAGCAUACAGAAUGCCAAGAGAAGAGGAAGCAUGGAACCACAAGGAAAGAUGGCAAGCUGCUAGACGCCAAGACCGAAAGACGAUUGGCUCAGAACCGAGAAGCUGCAAGAAAGAGCAGACUGAGAAAAAAAGGUGGAAACGGACAAUUCAAAAAAAUUAUAUUAGCUGGAACCAUGCCUAACAAUAAUGUACGACUUCUGCAGGCCUAUGUGCAGCAAUUAGAGACAAGUCGGAUUAGGCUUCAGCAAAUCGAGCAAGGCCUAUGUUCACAGGGCAUGUUCCCAGGAGGAGGCAGCGCAUCCGGAGCUACAAGUUCUGGCGCUGUGAUGUUCGACAAGGAGUACGCCCGAUGGCUAGAAGAUGACAGCAAGCUCAUGACGGAGCUCCAGGGCAUUCAGCAGGCUCAAAAUCUCGACGCAGACCUUGGGGCCAUUGUUGAAGAGUGCGUGCGGCACUACGACGAGCUGUUCCACCUGAGGGCUAUGCUUGCAAGGUCCGACGUGUUCCACCUGAUGACUGGCUUGUGGGCGACGACGGCUGAGCGAUGCUUCCUCUGGAUGGGCGGGUUCCGUCCUUCUGAAAUCCUCAAGAUGCUGAUCCCUCAGCUCGAUCCACUUACGGAGCAGCAGCUGCUGGGGAUGUGCAAGUGCAACCUGCAACGGUCAUCGGAGCAGACCGAGGAGGCGCUCGUGCAGGGGCUCCAGCAGCUGCACCGGUCGCUGGCGGAUGCGGUGGGCGCGAGUGCUCUCAUCGACGACGGCGCAAGUGUUGGCAACUACACCGCUCUCAUGGCCCUAGCACUUGACAGGCUCGACACCCUCGAGAGCUUUUAUCGCCAGGUGGACAAUCUGAGGCAGCAGACCUUGCAGCAAAUGCGGCGGCUCCUGACCACCCGGCAGGCGGCGCGGUGCUUCCUCUCCGUCGGCGAGUACCGCCGCCGCCUGCGCGCCCUCAGCUCCGUCUGGGCUUCCCGUCCCCGCGAGAGCUUCGUUGCGGCAGCGGAGAACGCCAGCCCUACAGGGACGCCCGGGCAAGCCAUCCAUCCGUAGAGCAACCACACAUCCAGUUCUCCGGCCGGCUUCUGAUUUUCUGAAGGUUCCCUUCCCUGCCUCUCCGGUAGCAGGGCGCGGAUUCUGCCGUCGUCUGGGCCGGCGAGGGGGCAGAUUGUGAUAAUGCUUUGCUUUGCUUUGCUCUGCUCUGUGGUUCACAUAGUAUUCGGUGGCAUCACUUCGGAAAGAAUAUAGAGAGAGCUGUGAUCUUGCUUUGGCUUGCUUU